AUGGAAAAUCAAAUGAUGCCCAACAAUGCUCCGAUCCCAGCUCUCGUCGAAAUCCAGGACAACACCCAAAUGGAUAUCCAAGUUCUGCUCCACAAUGCUCUGCUCCCAGCAUUCGACGCCGUUCUAAAAGACAACGCCCGGCAACAUCAAGCGGAUCUCUACCAAAAACGACUCCAUGGGCAGGUUCUCCUUGCUAGUGGCGUUCUCGUGCAGCAGGUAGCACAUGCAGCCAUGGGUCGCGGGCAAUACGGUCCUCACAUUAACAACCUCCACACUGAUAUCCUGCUAGUACAACAUGCAGGAGAGGGAUUGAACCUGCUGGCUCCAGUGUUGCCGCAACUAACGGCUCCAAUUUUGCCGCAACUACCGGUAGCUUCUGAAGAUGUGAACACCACAUCUCAAACUGUGUCAGAAUCGUACACAGCAGCAACUCAAACAAAUGAGUCUGGUCAGUUGUGCGAAGGAUCUUCUCAGACUCACCAGGAACUGGAAUUCGUUGUCCACGAGACAUUCAACCUGGAGCCUACAGAUGACAAAAGCAGCCCAACAGUCGAAGGAGAGAAUUCUGGACAGCGCAUUCUUCUUGUCCCAGAGAUAGAAGAUGGUUCGGAAUCUUUGCCAGCCGAGAGGAGAGAACUCACUCUCUCUGUCAACUCCUCAACUUCCGAUGGGAGUUCCUCUCAACCGGAAUCACCAGUCGGAGCUGAAGAGAAAGAACCGGAGGAGGCAGAACCGACGUCCGAGGUCGUUGCAGCUCCUACUGGUUCUUCUCAAGAUUUGGCCAUGGAUCCACUGGACAUUGAUGCAGAAAUCGUUCAGGCAGAAACUCAGCCAACGUCCGCAGAGCCCGCUUCACCAGCUGAGGAUGUGGUCGAUGCUACAGUCGCCGCAGCUCCGAUCGACGCAAAGGACGCAAGUAAUAAGGGGACCGGAGACCGUCUGGAGGUUGAAGAGGGACGAUGCUCUCCAACCUUCGUCAUCAAAUGUGGCAGUUCGAGAAAGAAGAGCAGCAGCUCAGAUUGCUCUGAAAAACAUGGCCGAUGGAACCAGAAUUUUGGAGGAAGAGCAAACCUUCCGAAAACAAGAGUUGGCAAAGGGUACGCCCGCCGAGGUCGUCCGUCGAAUAAGAAUCGUACUGCCGGCCUAGCUCAACCAGCUGCGAAUGUGGACGAUGCUGCUCCUGCCAGUUCCAAUCCAGCCGACGAUGUGCGAUUGGACGCUGCUCCAUCCAACGCCGUCGUCGCACCAGCCGCUCUCAAUCCAGUCAAUGCCGCUCCAUCAGUCGACGCAGCUCCAGUCGGCAGAGCUCCAGUCGACGCUCCUCUAGCCGCCGUCGUCGCUCCAGUCGCCCACGCUGCAAUGAAUGGCUCCAGUGGCAAUGGAGCUCCAAAAAGGAUUCGCCCAGUUAAUGGAGCACCCGAAACCACGCAAGUUAUGCGCCGGGCCGCGAGAAAAGCCAUCAAGCAAAAGAAGCCGCUUGUUGAAGGGACCGAGGCCUACCAUUUGCUUCUUCAAGAAGCCAAUGCGCAUCAUGCCGUGUGCCCAAUUUACCGGGACCAGGAGCUUGGCCAGCUCACCAACCUCAACCUCUUCAACCCCAAUAAGAGGUCUAAGGCGCUGCCACAGGAGGUUUGCUCAAAGACCAAAAUGGCCAAGGACCUCUUCCACAACUACCUCAAAGUUAUGAAGAUAGUUAAGACUCGGAGAGAGCUCGAAAAGGCAUGGAGCAGCCUCUCUCCCGCCGAUCGCCAAAAAUGGCUGGACCACGAGACGGCUGUCUUCGAUGAGCAUCUCGAGCAGCUCAGAAGAGGGUUCAUUAGAACGCCUGGAUCCCGGUCUGGUCGAGGAGAAGCUGCUGGCGAGAUGGAUGAGGAUGAGGAUGUCGCAGGUGGAGCUGACGAGGAUGCCGGAGCCGCUGCAGCAGCCGAUGAGAUGGUAGAUGAGGAUGAGCCAGCAGUGAAAAGAGCGAGAGCUGAUUAUUGA